ACCCACUUAUAGGUAAGUGGUAAAGUGUACUUAAAUGUGAUUAUCGUUCUCUUUCAUUUACCGUUAUUAGAUUAUUAUUUGGUUUUCAAUCCUUAUAUAAUGUAUUCUCGAAGUUCUUAAGCCACGCCGGGACUUGGUUUACCUUUAGAAUCACAGUCAUUUUGUUGUAAAUUGUGUUAGAAUCAUGUAGGCCAAUCCAAUCUCCAUAUAUUGGAAUUGAGACAUAAGUACCUGCCAUAGACCCGAUUGAAACAUUUCGUCAUCUUUCGGCCACUUAUUCGUUAAUGGGAACUGAUGGGAACUACUGAUGGGGACUACAUAAAAAGCCACCUGAAAAAUUAGGAUGAGCACAACUGAAAAUGAUUGCAAGACAUGGACACCCUGUGAAGAUGUUCUCGAAAAUUUUGCAAACCGUAUAUACGCAAUAGUUAUUCUAAACUGCCGAAUCAACUUAAAUAUAGAUCACAGGCAGAUACUUAAUUUAUGGUCACAUGCAAAAUUAAGAGUAACCGUGGACGGAGGCACUGAAAAAUGGCUAAACUGGUUGCAGGCUCAUGAAUCUGACGAGUACGUUAGUAUCGCCCCAGAUUUAAUAACUGGGGACUUGGACUCAGUUUCAUUAGAUGUGCUCGAAUAUUUCAAACAAAGAAACUCCCAAGUGAUCCACACACCGGACCAAAAUGAAACUGACUACACGAAAGCCUUGAGGGAAGUCCAAAAGUAUUGUAGCGAAAAAGAAAUGAACAUAGACUCCGUAUUUGUGUUGGCUGACACAUCAGGCCGGUUUGACCAAAUAAUCGCCAAUAUAAACACGUUAUUUAAAGCUGCUGUAUUCAUGAAAGAUACAAAAAUCUAUCAGAUAGCUUCAAAUUCAAUAACAUUUUUAUUGCCUCCUGGAAAUCACAGAAUUAGUAUUCCAGAAAGUUUAAGAGAAAAACAGGAAUGGUGCGCUCUAAUGCCAUUGGGAGCACCAUGUAUGGCUACUUCUAAGGGCUUAAAGUGGAAUUUAGAUCAAACUAGAUUAACAUUUGGAGAGAUGGUAAGUACCUCGAAUACUUAUGAUGGAGACCCGUACGUAACAGUCACUACAGAUGGAUAUAUCACAUGGUCAAUGGGCAUUGAGGCUAUAUUAUAGUAUUCGGAAAAAACAAACUCUCGGCUUUGUUACGGGUGUUUGUUGUUGUAAAGACAAAUUUUUAGGGAACUGUUAUAUUGCGCUAAAGAGCAUUUACAUUUAGGAUAUUACAUAAAAGAAUUGAUAAUUUUAUAUGAAUGUGUAUUCAGAGGCAGGGGACCAUGAAUGCUGUAUUUUGGUCAAUUUUGUUGUGGAUUAGGGAAACGCAAAGAAAGUCAACAUUUUUCAUUUGUGGUUUUUGAUUUCUAAUAUCUUUAAUUACAUAUAAAAGUUCGAGAUUUUUCAGUUAAAUUAGGACUUCAAAUAAGUUCCAAAGUAUACUUAAUAAUGCUGUACAUUAUACUGAAACUUAUAAAAUACUGUGAUUUUUGGCAUAUUUUUAGCUACUAAUUGUUGAAAAUAAAUUGUUUUUUACUUA